GUAUAAUCGAAAAAAAUGUCUACAGCAAGGAUACCACAAUUGCGUAUGCAUGAGCUAAAAUGCAAACAGGGCUGCGGCUUUUAUGCUUAUUGGCAAUUUGAUGGUUUAUGCUCCAAAUGCUUCCGCGAACGUAAUGAAAAAAAGAAAAAGUUAGCACUAGUCACAUCCAAUUCUCAAGAACCGGGGCAUACCUCACCAGCUACAUCUAGCCAAUCUAAUCAAAAUAAACCACUUGCGGUUAAUAAGAAAACAAGCAACGUUAACGAAGGCGGUACUCUAAUUAAGAAGAAGUCUUUAAUGCCAGCGGUACUACAGAAAACCUCACAAACUCUUAAACGACAAACACGUCUCAAAAGUGAACACACUCAGGGUAAAGUUAUUCAACAACGCAACUUUGUCCUUGACCCUACUGAAAGUCAAUUCAUUUCGUUGUUACGCCAAUUACGUAUACCGGACGAUGGCAAACGUAAAUUGAAAACUGAAAUUCAACGUCUGGAUAAUGCUAUACGUACAUACAUGCAUAGUACAGCUGCAAAAAAUAUUGAUGAACUUUCGGAGCUAGUGCAGAAUGCUUACACAAAGUUGGCUGAUAUCGUUCAUACCGACCAAAAAUUUCAAAUUGCUAGCAAUGAAGAUCGUGAGAGUGCUAUUGAUUUCUUUGAAAAAGUUGUUAUGACACAAAAUCAUGAACUCCUUUUCAGUCCAUAUUUUACCGCCGAUGAAGAGAAUGAUGCUAAAAUACAAGAACGCAUUCGUCAAUUAAGCUGGAUUACGGCUAAACAUUUAGCCUGUAGUAUAGAUGAAGUGAAUGCCGAAUCAAGAGAAUUAGUUUAUAAUGCCAUAACUGAGCUGGUAGCUAUUGAUUCUUUCUAUUCACCGCAAGAAAAACUUGAAUGUACAGUUAAGUGUUGCCGUCAUAUAUUUGAAUUGCUUAAGCAUUCAGUGGGAGGCCCAGCAAGUGCAGAUGAAUUUCUACCCGCCUUAAUAUUUGUGGUACUCAAAGCAAACCCUGUACGUUUACAUAGUAAUAUCAAUUUCGUUACACGAUUUACAAAUGCUUCGCGUUUAAUGAGUGGCGAGGGUGGAUAUUAUUUUACAAAUUUGUGUUGCGCCAUGUCUUUCAUUGAAAAUCUAACCGCAGAAAGUUUGGGUAUCGAUGCCAAAGAAUUUGAUUUACUUAUGUCCGGAUCGAAACCAAUCAGUACGCCUUGGGAAAGUGCUUUAUUGGCUUGCGAAAGCUUGCAUUUGAUCUCCGAGAAUAUGAAACGCAUGGAUAUGCUGAAGACUCGCAAUCAGAAUAUAACAAAAGGUAUCGAUCAAUUUUGCUUGGACUUAGAAGAAUUUCAACGUGAAAUAACUUCAAAAGUUGAUGCGGUAAUUGCCAAGGCUCCCUUAACGAUUCUGCCGAUAAAGACUCCAAAGUUCUUGAUAGCUGAAGCCAGGACGGUGCUUUCUAAUGACGCUUCGAAAAUUGCUACGACAGCUCUUACGGAAGGCGGUGGCUGUGGACAUUAUCAAAGCAACUUGUUAAAUGCUGUAGAUACCAGCUUUAAUGAUUCGCCUUUAUCUGGUAAAGCAUCUGAUGGCAGCAAAGUUUUACCUCUACCUCUAAAACCUCAAAAAGUGACAACUCCAAAAAAAUUGAAUUCAACUGACGAUAGUAUGUUAAAUACUUCUACUGCUUCACGGACUUUGUCAUUAAAUGAAACCACAACAGCCAUAGGCCGUCUGUCACCCUUACCGCCUUCCACCGUACACAAUAAUCUUGACGUACUAUUUGCUUCGCCUAUCUUUAAUUAUGCACCUUUUGAUGCUGUUUCUUUGCUCGAUGAAACUUCAGACUCGACUGAUGAUUUAUUGCUACCGACUGAUUACCGUGGCGGCCUCACCAAUAUUAAUUACGAUUUCGAUUUAUCAGAUCAUAGCAAUAAUAGCGUUGAUGAGGAACUUAAGUUGAAUUUAGCCGAAUUUGACCCUUUAUUAAAGUCAGAUACGCCAUUAACCAACUUACCCAAAAGGAAUUGCCAACAUGACAGUGGGUUUUCUAAUAUCGAGGCGAAAAGUCUUUUGGACAGUGAUUCACCAGCAAAUGAGAGUUCAUUGCCUUCGCCUUUAAAGCCUACCGUUACAGAUUACCGGGGCUUUUCAAAUUGUGAAAUACCUUCCAUUUCAUGUAAUACCGGUGACUUUAGCUCGCUGACUCAUGUAAUUAACAAUGAAACAAACGGUAUGGACAGUAACGAUAAUUUGAAAGAAUAAGUGGUUUUAAUAAAC